AUGAGACUGAAGUCAAGUUUGAUUAGCUUCAAAUCGAAGUUAUCAAGAUCAUGCAGCAGAUUCAUCUCCUUCUUUCAUGCCCGUUUUCGCAAUGUCAAUACCACACAGCCUUCUUCUUCUUCUUCUUCUUCUUCUAGUUUGUUGUCGUCUUGCCUCUGUUUCCUCAGUACCAAUAAAGAUCAGAGGAUGAGCCAGAUCAGACCCAGAAGUUCCCCGUCUAGUCUGACCGAUGAUGUAAAGCUUCUGCAUUCAAGGAAGAUGUUUCCUUUGGCUGUGACACAACGUAAAAAGAAGGCGAGAACGAGUCAAAGAUAUAUGGGAAAGGAAGAUGGUGUGAAAGAGGCUUGUAGAAGCUUCGAGAACUAUAUGAUCCAUAUGGUCGUUGAAGAUGGGAAAAUUGAUGACUUGAUGGACAUGGAAGAGCUUCUCUACUAUUGGAAGAAUCUGAAUAGCCCUAUCUUCAUUGAUCUUGUGACUAGAUUCUAUGGUGAGCUCUGCACUGACUUGUUCCCAAGCGAUGAUAACUGUUAAAAAGAUUGGUGGGUAUCUUUUUCUGUGUUCUGUAUUUUUGUGUUUUUUUAAGUUAUGCAACUUCAAGUGACAGGAACUUGGUUCACUACCAGUUACUGUAUAUGUAUAUCAAUUAGUUUUGGU